CUAUGAAAUUUAGGAAUUCAUUCUGACGGCGUUGAAACUGAAACUACUACUACUGCGCCGAAGACGCAUUUCGUCGAACAUUUCCAGAGCACAACACUCGUUGCUUUCCUUCAAUUGAACUAGCAAAGAUGGACAUCGAUCUCGACGAUCUCGACGAUGGCCCGAAGCAAGCCCGGACCCGUGCUUCUCGCUACGCGCCUAAGGGCGCUAAAUCCCACCCCGAUUCCAAACCCAAGCCAAAAACGGAACCGCCGUCGGUGUCACUGCCGGCGUCCAAGAGCGAAGAAGUCGAUGUCAAGCCCGAGAUAGAGCCCGAACACGACAACGAUGCAGCUGCGAUGGACAUUGACCCCAGCGAGAAGAAAUUGGAGGUGGCAGGUGAAUCAAUGGAUACUGAAUUAGCGGAGGUUGAAGCUGAGCAGGGAGAGGAAGAUGAAGUUGUUCGAGAAAUCGAUGUCUACUUUUCUCCUUCGGUUGAUGACGAGACUCGGUUAUAUCUGUUUCAAUUUCCACUCAGGCCGCUAUGGCGGCCAUAUGAAUUAGAUGAGAGAUGCGAAGAGGUGAGAGUGAAGCAAACAAGUAGUAGAGAAGUGGAAAUUGAUUUAACCAUUGAUGUUGGCUCCGAAAAUUAUGACACUGAUGCUGACCCCCAAUUGAAGAUCAAGAAACAGACUCUUGUACAGUCAUGGAUGCCACGUCAAACCAAUGGACGCGCAAUUGGUGUUCUUACUGGAAAUAAGUUACACUUGAAUCCUAUUCAUGCUGCUGUACAAUUUAGACCAUCAAUGCGUCAUCUUAGUGAGACGGAAUCUAAAAAGAAGACUGCCGCGUCAAAGAAAGUUAACGAUGUGGUGAAGAUAGAAGAACAGCAGGAAGCGAAAGCUUCUGGGAUGUCAAGGAAACAGAAAGCUCCAGAGGAGGCCAAGGAUAGUGUAGAAGAGAGCUGGAUUCCGCUCAAGUACCACAGCGUGAAUAGUGGCAUAUCAGAAGGAUAUCUUAAAAAAAUGAUAGCACGACAAGGCUCAGAGAUUUCAUUUUCCAUGAGCUCGGGUGAUUAUUUGAAUAGCUUGUGCCCUGGCUCUUCUGGUGACAGUUUGAGUUCCAAAGUUCCUAUAGGAAGGUCCUUACUGGAAAAACCACUAAAAGAACGGUUUGAAACUUGGCUUCUUGAGGGCCCUCCACUUCACAGAUUUGACACCCUUAUGCACGUAGCUCCAGAUCAGCCCAUCGAAGAAGUAUUAGCAGUCUUGCAAGAACUUGCUGUGUUAGUUCAAGGACUUUGGGUUCCCAGAACGACGUUGUAUACAGAAUAUAAAGAGGGAUUUAAUGGUUUAGCCAGGAAUAUUGUUCUUCUUCUAUUUAGCAAGGAUGUGAUAAUUAAGGAUGAUCAAAUACAGAAUAAAGUGCCUGCACUGGCUAAAGCAAUGACUCAAGUCCUGCCUAAAUUUGCAACAAGGAGACCUACCUUAAGAGACUGGAAACUUAAAGAGCUUCCAGAUCCUGAUUUCAUAAAACUCUAUCCUGCCAUUGUAAAGAAACAACAAGAAAAUUGGGAAACCUUGGAGAAAAAUAUUGAUGCACGUGUCCCUGGAGGAAAGAAUGGGCCUGUUGUGAAGCCCUCCGACUCUAGUACUCGGGCAAACCCUGUAGAAUCAAAAGGUUCCAUUAAACCAGCUGCAGGGAUGUCAAGUGGAUCAACACCAAGAAAUGUGAUGUCAGAAGAAGAUCGUAAGGCUACAAGGAAUGCCCUUCUGAAAUUUUUUAAAAUUAACAAGACUUGCAGUUUUGAACAAAUCAGCCAGCGGUUAAGGGAAAUGGCAAUUGACAAUAGGAUGCGGUCAAAAGGACCUGUAAAAGAGUCUGAGGCUGCAGCAAAUGCUUCUCCACACGAGCUUCGGGAAAUCAUCAGUGAAGUAGCUGUUAACAUUCAUGGCAUCUGUGUUCCAAAAUCAUCACCAGAUCAUCCAGAAUAUGAUGAUCUCAGGAAAGUUGUCAUUGAUCUUUUUCUUGCUAAAGGACCAGAUGGAAAACUUAGAAAGGCUCACAUAAUCGAGGCUGCAAAUAUGAAACUUAAAGACGUGAGUGAGGCUGCGUAUAAAAAGGUCUUGCAGGAAUUGUGUGUGUCUCAAGGCUCCGAGUGGGUCCUGAGGAAUAAUAUUCCGACAACUAGAUGACUCAUUCUGUGGAAACCCGAAGAUCUCUACUGGGACGCAGUUUGUUCUGAUCGAUACACACAAGACUGGAAAAGGGUGCUUGUAAACGUGUGUAGAGAUUUGGUUAAACAAGGGAUUAGCUGUACAGUUGAAGAAGAGAUGAGUUUUUGUCUGCUGCAAAUGGUUAUAACAACAGUAGACUGGUAGAGUAAAGAGAUUAGUUUUUGUCUGUUGCAAAUGGUUAGAACAACAGUAGAAUUGAUAGUUGGAUCAUUUGUUGUAGUAUUGAUUUGAAUAGUUAAUAGUAAUAUACAUAACAUGUUCCUAA